UCUCUCUCUCUCUCUCUCUCUCGUUCAUCUCAAAGUCAGAAACCCUAGCUGCCGCUCAUCUCGUUCAUUUUUUCUCACCUUCGAUCUCUCUCUCUUCUCACCCUCUCUAUCUUGUACCGUCAGAUACCUUGGAAUGACGAUGAUGAAAUGGUACGACUUGUGUAGGUUUUGUUCAAUCUGAUAUUUCAAGGAUGACAUGUUUUAUGGCAGUUCCUAUCCAUAUCUAAUUUUGAAGAUAUAUUUUUUUAGUUGAUCGGUACAGAAGAAUUUUAUUGAUGAGAAAAGUUGUUAACCGGUAUAUUGAUGAGGGUGUAGCAGAACUUGUCCCUGGAGUUCUAUUUAUUGAUGAGGUACACAUGCUGGAUAUGGAAUGCUUUUCAUACUUGAAUCGUGCAUUAGAGAGCUCACUAUCCCCUAUAGUAAUCUUUGCUACAAAUAGAGGAAUAUGCAACGUAAGCUAUAAGACCAACUCAUGGGGGAGGAAUACUAUUCAAAUCAGUCAAUUGUAUGGAACCGCCAAUGAAGGUUUUAUUGAGUCCAAGAUAGCGAUUCAGCCUUUGCUUCGGUAGUAGAAAGGGUCGAUGGGUUCUGUGUUUUACUGCAGCUAACAUGAAAAAAAGCUUUCCCGUAGGUGGGUGUUUCCCUGUUUUGGGAUCCAUGGGGAAGGUUUGCCAUGGCCUAAGGUGACCCAAGGCUUGUUUGUUGGGAUUUUCUUGUAUAGGAGCAUUCCAUCUAGCCUAGAAUUCUUGAGAACUAUGUUCUUGGUGAGCCAAUAAGGGAUUCAUUUCAAACCCUACAAGAACAAGUUGAUUUUACACGAACGUGACAAAGUAGUCUGGUUUGGAUCAUAAAAUGCCAGCACUUUCAAGCACACCCAAA